UUAGCAUACUUCUAACCAUUUUAAUUGUUUGUCUCCGAUGUGUUCGAUACAGGGCGAGGCUAAAUCAUUUUCAUCGAAACUGUAUUGUGCAACGUCCAGCAGCGACUAACAACAGCCGAACAAACUUGAGGAACUAUGAGGAACCGAGUAGAAUAGUCAUAAUAGCCGUGACUCGAGAUGAAGACCACAUUAGGCGUCAGAACCGUCCUCCAGAUGGCGAAGCACCUUUCCUAAGCGAAGAAGACUUACUCCAAAACUUACACAACAGCUGCGCUCAGGAGCCUCCUCCAUACGAGGAAACGACAGCAGSACCUGAUCUCCCAAAAUACGAGGAUUUAGUCAACGCGGCCAUGGACCAACCACCUCCUCCCGUACCCCCCGAAGCUCACACAACAUCUCGAAGUUCUAUAAAUCCUUCUCAGAUGAUACCUCAAAUCCAGCAGAAUCUACCAAUACCUAACGUAAACCCUCCAUCAUACGAAGAAGCUCAAGCAGCAACUAAUCAAGCUAUCGAACCGCUUCCCUAACAAACUCUUUCAUCUAGUCACGGUUGAGCCGAGAAAGCAACUACCAUUUUAUACKGUGCACAAAGAGGAAGUGAUACCGCCUACUCUUCAGAAACUCACGGGGAAGACAAUGAGACUUGAUCGUUUUUCAGUGUUGUGUAUACAUCAAUUAGAGGGAUGUGUCACAGCCGGGCGACGUCUUGGGGCUCGAUAGUUCAAAAAUUAAAGCUUUGAAACGUAUUCAUGUUGGGUUACCUGUGCUAUCUUUCACAAGCUUAUAUUCAUAAUGAAUAUAAGUUUAUUAUCUCUUGAUGCUAUUUCCUCGCUUACUGACUCUCAGCGUGUUAAAACUACGCAAACGCAAUCUCGCGCUCAUAGGCGUUUUGUUAUGAACAAAUACCGCAAAGUAAAAACUAGGGCUCAUAAUGAAAGGUUUAUUUGAAAGAUUUCUAAUAAAGUCCUUACGGAUAA